GAAAGUCUUGCCGCAGUCUAUGAGAAUUGUUCUGUAGUCGCAGUUCCAUAUCACGUCAGAAAGAUAGGACAAGAUCAGUCGCACACAUCUCCAGGUAGACGAGCGACGAUGCUCGUGUUACGGCGGAUGUUCUUCUUUCCCUCUAUGCUUCCGUCUAUGGUGCUCAGACACGUUCUGCAGGGUGGGUCUUCGGACGAUCCCGGGAUGGCUUGGGCAGUUAUGCAUGCUGAAGCAACAGGCUGCUCAAUGUGACAGUCACAGGCUAAGAACGUGGCAAACCGAUGUGAGGAAGAGAGCUGCUCGUUCCGGUCCCUUGAGUGAGGUGUCAUUUUAGCCAUCAGUCGUCCCGGGAAGCGUACCGAGGAAAAUGAUUUCGGUGUCUGCGACGGGCAUCAUCGGAUGCGUAUGAAGAUGGUUUUGGUCGGCAAAGUGCCAAAUGCGAAGAGUACAGCAACGUGAUUACCACGUGACACCAAUCCUUCUCCGGUCCUUCAAGUUGCGGCUACUGGUAGUAGAGCAUCUCUCCCCAGCCUGCUGGGUGAACUCCUCUUACGGUCCUCUCCAUGUUUUCUGUCGGGUCGUUCGGGUUUUGAAUCAGGCGCAGUGGGAACAGAUCUGAUAAACGAAGCCAAGAGCUUUGGUGCGGUCAGACGAAUCCCAGUCUUCAUGACUCACCGAUUGAUAUUUGGGCGGCGAUGCAUGUUCGCAAGCAUGGUGCGAUCAGCGUUGCUGAGAACUGAGACUCGGGGUGCUGGUCGCUCGUCCCCAACAUCGUAGGAGCAUCACCUGCUGCUUUUAGGCUGUCGCUCUAUGCACAGCCAUGCAGCGCGCUCUGAUCACGAAGAUCUCGCUGCGAUGACAAGAACUUUUUUCGGCGUUGACGGGCUUGAUACAGAUCGCGUAACACACCGGAGUUCUCCCAUCCUGUCUAUCGGUUCCAGUCCCCUCCGAUGACCUUGGUUGCGGCAGGGCUGCGCUGACAGGGCUUGAAGCUUGAUCGUCAUUCAGAAUGAGAUAACUUGAUUGCGUAAAUUCCUGCAAGACAUCUGCGCUGCGGGUGCAGUCCAGCACAGAGCGCCUGCGUACAUACCCUUCUGCGCGAUACGCUUCGCGCUCCUAUGUAGGUUGAAUCUAGACUCUAAAUAUCUCCGGGAUGUUGUAGAUCGACGAUUGUUCUUCGCCUAACACCGAGUGACGUUGAUGGCAACGGCUCACGAUCGUGAUUGGGCAAGCACUGUCCAGUGUAGCAGGUUGUCGUUGGCUCUCUUCCCCUCCACACCAACUCAUUUCCACCGGCUGGCCCGUCUCUCUGCGGCCCUCUUCCUCGUCCUCCUCGUAGCUCGUCAGGAAGCCCGGUCGUCUCUUCUUUCUCCUUCAACCCUAGUGGUUUCAACACUCUUUUUAGUCCCUCUCUGUUAUACGAAUAAGAAAUGCGUGUCAAGCAAAUCUGGGAGGUCCUUCCUCUGCCUUCCAAAGUCAAGUUGGUGUGGGAUCGCGUCACCGUCUCCAAGCUCACCGUCGCAUACGUCGUCUUCUCGCUCGCCCACUUCGUCAUCCAGAUUGCCUUCCAAAUCAGAGCCUUCACCAUCAACGCAAAUGCCGCGACAUUCCUGUACAACAUCGCACUCGAAGGGAACGCGACAAACUCGAGCGUGCCUGCUCUAUCGACCCGUCCGAUCGUUUCCGGAAGCGGAGCCGCACUGGCGCACCCCGGGGAAUCGACGGUGCAGGAAGUGAGAAUGUGUGCGCAGGUCCCAACGGACCUGGACACGGACGAGUGCGUGGUCGUGUACGACGGAACGCCGGGCCGCAACAUGGUUUACAACCCCGCCGACCCGAGCGCGUCUGCUCCUUCGACGUCGACCGAUUCGGGAUACAACUACGCCGGCGGGGCAGCACCCGCCCCUGGGUCGUUGACCGUGAUCGCAGCCUCUUCUUCUUCCGCCGCAUUGUCGCCCGUUCUUUCCUCUGUCGUCACGAGCACCACUCCUCUGGCCAGCUCGACUCAGCUGUCUGCCCCUAGUGCGCCCAGCGUUGUUGUCGUCACCCAGAUCGUUACCGCAGCCAUCGCUGCGCCGACAUUUCCCCCUGUGCGCGUGGCUGAUCCCGAAGACGUCUCGGAAAACUUCUAUAAGCGCGCGUCUAUUCCGAGCUUUUUUCCCGAGGCGAAGGUCUUGGUCCUCAAUGACACAACAGUUCAAGUCAACCUCACGGGGAUGGGCUAUGCUGACCACCACCUCCUGUUGGACAAGAGCUGCAUGUGGUCCUUGAACUGGCCUGUCAGCAUUCUGGACGACACGAAACGCGAAGAUAUCGUGUUCAUCGCGUUUCAAUUCUGGGUUCUCGGCAUGUCGAUGGUCGCGUUGCUCAACGAAUCCAUCCCACACAUCAUUGCCUCGCUCACCACUCACAUCCUGGCCACCUUUUGGUCUGGUUUCCAGAUCUGGCACACGGCAUUCUUCCGCCAGAGAUUCGACAAGGUCAUCACCCACGGCGCAUGCAAUGGUGUCCCGUCGCUGUUGCCCAACUACUGGCAGGCCCGUGCCGGUGCUGAGAUUCCGAUCUUGGCCCUGAACAUUUUGGCACUGCUCGCAUCUGGAAUUCUCACCUGGAAACUGGUCAAGCUGUUCGGGUGGCAGACGUUCAAACGUGUCGGAGCUUCCCUGACUAUCAACCGAGUGUACAAACUGGUGCUCUUGUUGUCGAUUUCCAUGCAGCUGUCCUUCUUCUUCAUGGGCGCAACCUUGUCCCUGUUCGUAGACCAGCUGUUCAAUGGUACAGCGGGCCAUCUUGCGUGGUACAUCAAGAUGUACAAGGUGACAUUCAUAUUGACUGCUGUGAUGCUCAUCCCCUGGUUGGUAACGGGCUGGUUCUCCGUCCGCCGCGAGAGCAGAAUCGGCAUGGUCGUCUUCCUUGCGCUGUCCAUGAUGUACCUCGCCGGAUUCUGCAUCAUGUUCCUGUCCACGACUUUCCGUUGGACAUUCGUCACGUGGAACUUUUUCGCGAUUGUGUCCACUGUGUCGGCGAUUCUGACUCUCAUGUCGUUCGUGCUUGGGAUUGUGUGCCAGUGCAACUUUGGCAAGGGUCUACUCCGAUACUUGAAUGCACAGGAGCCUCUGCCCGGCGACGACUUUGAGUCGGUUACCCCUGGCGACGAUCCUGAGAAGGUUGCCUUCCCAUCCAAUGAGAAGCCUGUUCCCACUUUCUCUGCGACCUUCGGAUCUGGAUCUGAAGUGCCCGUUCCUUCGCAGAUGUUCAAGCCCACGGCCCAGCUGGGCCCCCGGUUCUUCAACAACGGUGCAGAUCCGUUCGAGAGCCGGCGGUCGUCGCCGAUCUCACCGCCGGCCGCCGCGCUGACGAGAACGCUGACACGGGACUCUUACGAGGGCAGCGGCAACGGGAUGGGCGGUAUUCCGACGAAACGGGACAGCGAUGGGAGUUUCGGGAGCUUGGACAGCUACUACGACUACUCGUCAGGUGACUCGAGACACGCCAGGCGCGACAGCGAAGGUCCCACAGUUGGUCAAUCUAAACGAUGGGUUAUAGAGUAGGCGCACAACUUGAUCAGACUUCUGUUCGUGGUUCAGAGUUUCCUAAAAUGUGUUGUCGAUCGUGUCUCAAUAACUAACUGUAUCCUAAAUCAC